AACACCAGUCCACAAUGCCUUUCAUCCACGGAAUCGAUGGCCAACUCCUCCAAGCCGGACUCGCACAGAGGGCGAUCACGACCACAUACGAGCUUCACCCUGGCGUCAGCGCACCACCACCACUUCACGCUCUCACUCUACCCUACCCGGCAGAGGAAGCGCUUCGACUGACGGACAACGCGCUCGGCCAAGCGCGCUGGAUUCACCAACCAUAUUUCAUCUCCAUUGCAUCGCCCGAAGCAUCCCUCGACUUGCUGCACCCGGCGGCGAGAUCGAGCACGUCGAGUCCGUACAUUGACGACCGAGGCGAGCGAGUGGUACUCUGCGAAACGAGGCCUGGCAUGCCGGAUCGUGUUGCGCCGCGGUUGGGAAGACGACGAGUGCGCCGAGAACAACCGACUGUGUCGAUGAAGGAUCUUGUCGUUCCUCAUUCCCCACCGCGCACAAGGACCGGCCGAGCUAAGGAACUUCCUCACAAUGAGACAGCCGAAGUGACUCGUACUGGAAGUCACGAAGCUAACGACCGUGGCACUAUGAUGGCUCGAAGGCGACGAGAUCCCGACAUUCUGCGCAAAGACAGCAUCCACAGCAAGAACGAGGGAGGAGAAACAGCAACCGACGAUAUGGACAUUGACCUUGCCACAGAUCCAGCUCCAACUUCGAGUCAUUCCGGCACACUGCAAGGACCUUCGAAGCGCCUCAAGACCACGACUUCACCAAAGCACCCAUGA